AUGCUGCAACCCUGUCACAGUGGUCAGAAUUUCAAAGUGCAAGGACAUAGUAUCAACUUAACCCUGCAAAUCGAGUUAGUGGGCAACAUCGACGAAAGUGGCGAAGAACUCGCCAGUACUAGCGAGGCAACUCUUGAUGGCAAUGGCCCCUCAGCGCUGAAUGAUGAGGCUCCCCUUCUGCCAGUGAACGACGAUGAAAAACACAAGGUGGACUCUAUCACCAGUCUCAAAGAGCUGCGCUGGUUGGAGGAAAACUAUCGGGCAAGAUUGUUGAAAGAAUAUGCACCAGACGGAAUCAGCACUUGGUCACCCCAUCAGAUCGCAUGGAACGCUCCUUCUCCCGCUCAAACGGAAUACGGUACCAAAGAUGACUCGGGCAGAGAAUGA